CGGAUAAUACAUAUCUUUCGUUUAAACGCUAACUCCUUAUAUAAAUAGAUUUUUAUGUCAUAAGUGUACUGGUAUUUUGUGGAUAUUGGAAAGAAUAUUUACCUUAGUUGUACAAUCAUUUAAACUAUUCAGGAUGUAACAUUGGAUAAUUGUGUUUGACAAAUUUGUGUAUUUGUAUGUGCAUAAUAUCUCAUUGUUUUUGAUUCUGCUAUUCUUAAUAUUGAAAUUACUGUGCUUACUCAUUGAAAAUAAUGGCAGAAGGAGGUGAUCGUGGACAGCCUGGCGAUUCUGAUUUAAAAAGUAUCUCGACAUUAAGUGUAAGAGGGUCGGUUAGAGAUGAUGAUGAAGAAACUAUCAAAGAUACAAGUUCUUAUAUGAGUUUCAGAGAAAAUUUCGGUGAGGAUCAAACUGGAUCGGUGGUAAAUAGUAUUUCUACAUUAAGUGUUACAGCGGGAAAUGAGAGCACUACUGAUUCCGGAAGUUCUUUCUUAAGCUUGCAAGAGGCUCAGAGUGACAUUACAGAAAGUACUGUUAGGAGCCGCAGUCAAGAACGUAAGCCUGCAGUGAAACAGUUAGACUCGGAAUUCAUAUUACACUCUAGAUCCGGUGAUGACGAAUUACUUUGUGAAUAUUGCCUCCAAGAUGAAGUGAGAACCAAAGCCACGCACUUCUGUGAACUUUGUGGUACCAAUGGAAAGAAAAUGUGCUACAAAUGCUUAAGAUACCAUGCGAAGUUUUUAAGUCACCGAGACGUGACUUCACUUCUUACAAGUACAGAAGGUUCUGACUCUACCAAAGAUCGGGAAAAUGCCGAAAAGCCAAAGUCACGCCCAUGUCAGCUAUUUUAUUGUAACAUUUUAACAGAUAAAGAUAGGAAAUUAUGUACUGCCAUCGAUUUUGCUCAAAUGAGCAAUGGCAAUUUGAUGAUUGCCGAUUAUGCCAACAAAUGUGUGAAAAUAUUCUACUUCGACACUUUACUAUUAAAAGAAGUAUUUUAUGUCGAGCACCAUCCGAUGUGUAUCACGUGUUUUCCUGACAACAUCGUAGCUGUUGCAUAUAAAGAUGCUCUGUGUUUGGAGAUAUUUGAGAGGAGGCAUGAAACAUUGCGCAUCUACAAAGAGCUCGGAGAUUGUAACGGACUGAAGUGCCAGGGUGAAUAUUUGUAUAUUUUAGGCUCAUGCACAGUUUGCAAAUACUAUUUGCAAGAUCGGGGAAACUUAAAGCUUGUAAGAAGAAUAGAUUUAAAACCAAUUGGCAUUUAUGAACCAGAACAAAUUGACAUAGACGAAUUUGGUGACACGUUAUACAUCUCCGAUGCAGUUUUCGGAGUAUAUAUCUUAAAUAAAAGUGGCAGACUUCUUAACAGAAUACCCGUAAACGAGGCAAGAGGUAUCAGUUCUGAUGGUUUGAAUAAAGUAUUUGUUUGUUGUUUUGACACUGACGAAGUGUUAAAAAUUAAUCAGGAAACUGCCAAAACAAAUUUGUUUCUGUCGCUGAAACAUGGAGUGAACGCACCCUGCGCGCUAUUCUUCGACCGUAUAAGAAGGCGGCUUUACGUUGGCAUGCACAAUAACAACUAUAUUUUAUACGUUGACAUUUUAGAUUGAUAAAGUUAUAACAUAGUUUGUGGUGUGUAACUAGUAGUAGAACUUACACGUGUGUUUCAAUAUUUUAUCCUGCAUGUGACAAAAAUGCUCUAUGUUUUAUAUUUAGAAAACAUAUAUGGCGAUAUCAAUGGACUAAAGAGCUCGGAUGAAUAUGUGUAAUUCUUAGACCAAUGGAAGAUACCACUAUGUUUAUAUAUUUGAAAAGACCCGUUAACUUACACGAUGGAAGAAUUAUAAUUUCCACACUGUCUUUCAUAAACAAGGUAAAACUCGCAUAGACGAAUUCAUCUUAACUAAAGGUGCAGAAGUGCCGGACAGUAUGCUUAAACGCGUCAGUAUCCGUUUUAGUAGUUCAAAUAAAGUGCUAGCUUGUUGAUUUUAUUCUGUAGAAUAAAAUUAAUAAUAAAGAAUAAAUUUAAGGUUUAAAAAUCAGUCACAAAAUUGUCAAAAUUAAGCCAGUCUUGUCAUCGAAACAUGGAUUGAACGUACCAAAUGCGGUAAUUCGUAUAAGAAGGCGGGUUUACGUUGGAAUGCGCUGAACAACUUUAUGUUAAAUACGCUAAAAUUUUAGGUAUGACAAGGGAAGUAGCGCUUACACAUUUAUUUCAAUAAAGUUGGCUAGAUUUCAUGUUCUUGAAAAUUAUUAUAAAAUCAUUCUUCAGUAGAAAAACACCAGGUAGAUAUGAAAUACAAUUUCUCAAACAUGUUCCCAUGUUACAUAGUGACAAUUGUUUUACAUUGACAGGAUGGAUGACUUACUGUACCAAAUAUUUAUAGGGCGUCGAAAUAAUAAAAUAAAGGACGGGGUUCAGCUGUCGUAAUUGACCCCAACUUACUUCCAGGCAAUCAGAGUCAACAGAUUAUACGUUCCUCUUUCAAGAUAUCCAUUACUUGCACGAGGAUGAUGCCCCUAGUGACAAAUAUUCGACAUACACCAAACAUCUUUUUUUUAAUUACAAAAUAGCCUUUUGAAAUAUCUACAUUAAUGUGCAGAUUAUUUGAACAUUCAAAAAACCUGUGACAGUAGCUUUGUAUUUUAUUUCUGAUUUGUCAUUGUUAUAUAUGUAACCUUCCUUUUGAUAAAAGAACUAGUACCUCCUUGAUAUUCUUGCUUCAUCAAUCCAAUCAGUUUACUGGACUUGUUCUUCUUUAUAUUUGGAUCAUGUAAAGAUUCAAUAAUGCAACUUUUUUAAUUUUACCGUGUUUAGUGACUUUUAGGGGUUUCUCUGUAGACUACCUCUAUGGAUUGCAAUGAGAAGUAUGAAAAUUUAGCAACUGAAGUACGGCUGUGAUGUCAGUGUUUGCCUCUAUGUUAUAGACAUAGGAAAAUCAUUAUCACUUCCAGCUGUCCGGAUCUUUUUUUAUUAUUAUUAUUUUUAUUUAUUAUAUUAGGUUUACACUUUUAUAAUUCACUUUCUAACUCUUUCACCAACUUUGUACUUUAACGCUUUUUGUAGAUCUAUAUUGUACAACACUAUUUGAAUGUAAUGUUGUGUAUGUAAUAAAACAGUAUUUCUUUGUAACUAGUAUUUCCGGAGAAGUUCACUAGGAAGAGUAUAAUGAUGCAACAUGUACUCGACUGGUUUAAAAAAUGCAUUUGGUGUUUCUUCAUGUUCUCGUCAAACACUCAUGCCGUUUUAAAAAGAUUUAACAUUGGUCGAUAGAGAGCUCACUACUUCGGUAAACAUAGAGAUAAUUUCUUUUUAUUGGUAAAUAUUGCUAACAAAGAUGUUUUAAAAAAAGAAAAAAAUUGUGUUCUUCUGUUUCAAAACUUUCCAUUGUUGAAUAGACAUUUGUCUAAUUUCGAAAAAAUUAUCUCAAUUCAGUUUUAUUCAGACCAUAUGGUUUAUCUCCAUGACGUAUGAAUAAAAAGUAUAAUUUAUUACAUUUAUUUCCAAGUAUAUUUGAUUUCUUUCUUUGUUUUCUUAUUUUUAACGUUAAGAUUUUGUUGUAUCAUGACAAUAACUAAUG